AUGAGUUACGACCCCAGAGUCGCCAUCCCGACUCUGGUGGGCAGCGCCCUUUCAUGCUUUGCGACAACAUGCGUGCUCCUCUCGUGGAUGUGCUACGGCCAGGGCAAGAGGUCCUUCCGCUACGCUCUCGUUCUGAACCUUACUUUCGCUGAAUGGGUCAAUUCUCUAAAUAAUACCGUUUCCGGCACUAUCAGGGUCAUGCACAAGGGCGUGCUGACGGCUGGAGGUCCCUGCACCUUCAACGGCUGGAUAGGACAACUGUCGGUUCAGGCUGCAGAUUUCUCCAUAUUGGCCAUAGCUUUGGUGACGCUCCUCACCAUCAAGCUCAAGUCGUACAUCCUCUACGCUUCUUUCGACAAGAAGAUUCUCAUCUGCCUAUCGAUAUGGCUCGUCCCGCUUGCGACAAGUACCACCGCUGUUGCGAUGCACCAGAUGAAGCCUGUCAGUGGUAAUUGGUGCUGGAUAUCUUCCGAGAAGACAAACCUCCGCUAUGCUCUGGGCCACGGCUGGCGUUUCGCCAUUAUUAUCAUCACCAUCUGCAUCUACAUCUACGUUUUUAUCUACAUGCGGAAACGCCUCUCGUACCUUCAAGAGACGAGCCGCACCUACUCGUACGACUACGGGCGCGACUUGCACGAUAUGAGCGCCUUGUCAUCUCUGCCGCAGAAAGGCGACAUGAAGGGCAGUUCAAGCGGCGGACUGAUGGUAAUCGAUGAAGAAAACCCGGCUGCUCCCGAGAGAACAUUGACUGCGCCUCCGCCUACGCAAGCAAAACUACUGGGAGUCAACACCGGCCUUUCCAUCAUCACGCCAGCCCCACGCGCGUCGACAUCACCAUUGCCAGCUUCGGGCACGGGAAGUUCGCACAGACGAAAGCAGAGCCACAGCAAGGUUGUCGAGCGCGAAAUCUGGCGCAUGCUGCUGCUCAACGCCUACCCGAUCAUGUACGUCGUCCUAUGGCUGCCGGGAAUCGUGAACAGGAUAGCGGAAGCUACGGGUCACCAGUGGAAAUGGCUGCAGAUAAUGCAGUGCUCGACGCAGUAUAUCGGGCUCGCGAACGCCCUCACAUACGGCUUCAAGGAGCAUUCAAGAGACUUUGCGUCAUGGAUACACAGUCUGAACAGAUAG